GCGCAUGCGCGAUCCGAUUAAAAGGGCAGAGAGAAGACUUGUGGCUUCUGCGAAACGCGAAUCCGAGCCUCGUGUCACGAUUUUCUCCGAUCGCAAUUAUAAAAUCUUAAUUGUAAAUUCGUUCUACCUUUUUGUUUGUUUUUUCUUUUUUUUUCCUUUCAUUUCUCCCCUCUCUUCAUUUCGAUCGCGUCAAAAAAUUUCGACGAUUAAAGAAACAAACAUACACACAGACAGACAGAUUGACUUAUAUGUACACACACAUACACACACACACGCGCGCGCGGGAACAAAAACAGAAAAAAAGUAUCUAUCUUGAAUUAAGAACGUUAAGUGCAAUUUAGUGUUUGAUUUUUCAUUAACGUUGAACUUGAGAAAAAAAAAAAAAGAAAAAGAAAAAAAUAGAAACAAAAAAGAAGAAAAAGAAGAAGAAAAGAAGAAGAGAAGGAGGAAGAAGAAGAAAAAGCAUAAAGAGCGUACUCAUCUUUUUUCGGAAUUUAUUUAUUUAUAUAAGUGAGAACGUGGUCAGGUUUUUAUUUUUGUUAUUUAUUUUUUAAUUUCUCUUUCAUUUUUUUAAUUUUCCUCUGUGUUCGUGGAUUUUUUUUCUUUUAUUUCUUUAUUUAUUUAUUUAUUUAUUUUUUUUUUUUUUUGAUAUAUACACACACACAUAUAUAUAUAUAUAUAAAUACUUGUCGUAUUGAUAUCGUAUCGAGAAAAAAUAACACCAUGGAUCUAGGAGGUGUAGAUGUAUGGGGUCAGAUCGCUGUGGAAACGUCUCAGAUGUUCGUUUCCGAAGGUGGUGUUAUUAAGAGUCGUUUUGCAGCCACCACGAUAGAAAAACUACCGGAUAAGGUGAUUCUAAAUGUCUUCAGUUAUCUGUCGCAUCGAGAGAUAUGCAAGGUCGCAAGGGUUUGUAAAAAAUGGAGGCAAAUCGCUUACGACACGCGCCUUUGGAAACACGUAUCAUUGAGACCGGAAAUCAGUGGGCUCCAUGUUGGAUCACUCGAAAGUUUAUUACAUUUAAUAAGCAUACGUUUCGGUGCAUCUUUACGAUACAUCGAGUUACCUAUCGAGCUUAUCACUCACACCGUCCUCCAUGAAUUAGCAAACAAGUGUCCUAAUUUAACUCACAUGCUACUUGAUUUUUCGACCGCCAUGCAGUUACACGAUUUCUCAGAGAUGCAAGCAUUUCCGACGAAACUUAAAUACAUGUGUAUCUGUCUUUCGGAAGUCAUAUUUAUGGAAGGUUUCAUGAGAAAGAUUUAUAAUUUCAUCAAUGGUUUGGAAAUACUUCAUUUGAUUGGAACUUACGAAAAAGUUGAGGAAGAAGAGGAAGAAAUUUACGAGGUUAUAAACGUUCACAAAUUGAAAUCGGCGACGCCGAAUUUGCGUGUGAUCAAUUUAUAUGGGAUAAAUUUCGUCGAUGAUUCCCAUAUAGAUGCGUUUUCCUCAAAUUGUAUACAAUUAGAGUGUCUCGCUGUGAAUUUUUGUGCCAAGGUCACCGGUUCGACCAUGAAGACUCUAUUUCAACGUAGCAGAAGAUUGAAGUGUCUUCUAAUGCAAGGAACAAAUUUGCAAAGCGAUUACGUUAUGCAAGUAGAAUGGGAAAAAUCCAGUAUUCAAGAAUUGGACAUAACAGCUACGGAUAUAUCAACUGAAUGUUUGAUCGACAUGUUAACCAGAAUACCUGGUCUUCGUUUCCUCAGUGCCGGCCAAUUAAACGGUUUCAAUGAUAGCGUGUUAAAGGCAUGGGUGGAAUCUGGCAAUCCACGAAAUUUAAUUGCUUUGGACCUUGACAGUUCGGAUAAUUUAACUGACGAUGCUUUGCACAAAUUCUUGUCGAGACAUGGCCAUCAACUUUGGGGUAUUUUGUUAUCUGGAAUGCCACAUAUCACCGACCAACUUUGGCAAAGUGUUUUACCGAUUCUCACUAAUGCCAAAAUUCUCGUAAUGGGUACCCAAGAGAGACUUGGCGUUAAUAUUCAUGUAGAUCAGCUAAUGGAUGGAAUCGCUAAUAAUUCUCCUAAUUUGGAACGACUCGAGUUACGUUGGGAUCCAGAAAAUUUAAGAUUUUCCGAUAAAAGUCAAAAAGCCAUUGACAUUUUACGCGUUAAGUGUAUCAAACUUAAGUGUUUGGUAUUGAGCGAUGGAAGAUAUUACGAGAUUGUUAAAGCUAAUUUCGAACGUGCCGAUAGACUGACGGUCGUACGAACGACGACAUGUUGCAGAGUAUCAAAUUAUUAUUUAUUACAAAAUUACAAAGAUUUGAUUUUUAAUUGAUUUCAAACGUGACGUAUACACAAUAAUGAUUUCACGCUAAUGAUUUCACGCUAAUGGAUUUUCGAAAUUAGACGAUAUUUACAAAGAGAAUCAGCCAAUGAACGUAGACUUAUCCAAUAGACCAAUAGUGAUGAAGCUAUUUCUAUAAAAACACGAACUGUGUGAUACGUCAUAUUUUUAUCCCAUUUUACUUCGUUUCAUACUUGAUAUUCCACGUGAAAGAAAAAUAGAGAGAGAGAGAGAGAGAGAGAGAGAGAGAGAGAGAAAGAAAAAGAAAAAGAAAGAAAGAAAAAGAAAAAGAAAGAGAGAAAGAAUAGAUCAACUAUACAUUGCUUCUCAUUUGAAAUUAUUCGUCACGUAAAAACGAAGUAAUCAUUUUUUUUUAUCAACGCAUUAUUUUUAUUAAGUUUAAUAUUUUUUCUAUUGUUAUAUAUCUCUAUUUUUGUAUUUAUAUAUUUUAAGAAUGUGACAUAAGGCGAUUUAACAACAAAAAGUCAUAAAUUACGAACAAACGGAAAUAAAAA